AUGAAGUCACUUCAGAAUUUAAGCUUACACACAAACAAUCUUUCUGGCCCAAUUCCAAAAACUAUAGGUAACUUAACUGAGCUCAAAUUUAUAAACCUGUAUGCUAAUCAACUCUCUGGCCCAAUUCCUAGUGUGUUGGGGAAUCUGAAAAACCUCAAUUUUCUGGAAUUAUGGGAUAAUCAACUCACUGGUUCAAUUCCGUUUUCCUUUGGCAAUUUGAGAAACUUGCAAUAUCUGUCUCUCGGUGACAACAAUCUGACAACUGAGGGAAUUCCUUCAUUUAUUUGUAAUUUGACAUCACUGACACUCCUGUAUUUGUCGAGAAACAACUUGAAGGGAAAAAUCCUGCAAUGCUUGGGAAAUAUCAGUGGCCUUCAGUAUGUGAUGAUGCCACAUAAUAAUCUCAGUGGAGAGCUCUCGUCGUCUAUCUGCAAUUUAACAUCACUGCAAAUUCUAGAUUUGGGUAGAAACAAUCUAAAAGGAGCAAUUCCGCAAUGUUUUGGCAACAUGAGUCGUCAUCUUGAGGUUCUUGAUAUGCAGCACAACGAUCUUUCCGGUACUCUUCCAACAACUUUUAGCAUUGGAAGUGCACUCGGAAGCUUCAAUUUUCAUGGAAAUAAGCUAGAGGGAAAAAUUCCACGAUCCUUGGAAAACUGCCAACGAUUGGAAGUUGUUGAUUUAGGUGACAAUCUCCUCAAUGAUACAUUUCCAAUGUGGUUGGGAACUCUUCCUGAGCUAAGAGUUUUAAGCUUGAGAUCGAAUAAGUUGCAUGGGCCCAUUAGAACUUUAGGAAGUGAAAACAUGUAUCCUGAACUUCGGUUGUUAGAUCUCUCUUCCAAUGCCAUCACGGGAAAAUUACCGAUGAGUUUGUUUCAACAUUUCAGAGCCAUGAGGAAAAUUGAUCCAUCAAAGAAGGCACCGAGUGAUGACAGCUAUGGGUAUUAUGAGAACUCUAUAGCUGUCGCAACAAAGGGAUUGGAGUUUGAAGUUGUGAGAAUCUUGUUUCUGUACACCACUAUUGAUCUUUCAAACAACAAAUUUGAAGGACAUAUUCCAAGUAUCAUAGGUGAACUCAUUGCACUUCGCGUUCUAAAUUUAUCUCAUAAUGGAUUGCUAGGUCAUAUUCCACCAUCACUUGGAAGUUUAUCUUCAGUUGAAUCAGUGGACCUGUCAGGUAACCAUCUUGUAGGAGAGAUACCCGCACAAUUUGCUUGUCUUACAUCUCUGGAAGUCUUAAAUCUCUCCUACAAUCAUCUCGAAGGAUGCAUUCCUCAAGGAAAUCAAUUUCAUACCUUUGAGAACAAUUCAUAUGAAGUCAUUUCAAGCUUCAGUCUUUCCAUUACGAGUAGUACUUCUCGCUAUUCUUGGACCAAAACUGACCAACUUUUGCUAACAUAA